AUGGCCCACUCCUCGCAAUCGGGAGCCGCGCAGGCGCUGAAUGGCCAAAAUCCGGAAUUUGCCUUCGCGGACGCAGACACGGAUGAGGAUGAGCGGGAUGGAAGGGCUGAAAGGCCGGAGCAGCGAAAGCUGUUGGGAAACAUGGCCAGGAAGCAGUCACUGGGCGAGCGACGCAAUGUGGAGCUGCCACUUUUGAAGGUGGUCAAUGAGAAGGAACCGGAGGAACGGGAGGAUCUGGAGGAACCCACGCCCACGCCCUCGCCGGAGGCCUUUGCCCCGGGACUCCGCCGGAACUCGAUAUCCAUGCCAUCGGGCAUCAAUGCCCUGGAUCUGGAGGCACUGCGUCUGCGACACCAGAUGCAGCCACAGGAUGCGCUGCACGAGGAGAUUAUAGCCGAUGAUACGGCCUCCAGCCUGGGCACUCCGGGCGUUACGGCGCCGACGACAUCGGCGAAUACGCCGGAUAAGGCCGUCAGCGGUACGGCCAUCAAUUUCGCCAAUGCCAGCAGCGCCAACGAUGACAGCGAAGACGAGUUCGGGAACGCCAGAAGACCAGUCCACCGCGAUCGUUUCCGCAGCCGGAGACGUGCCUCGAUUGCCCCUCUGCCCGCCCUGCGAUUGAACUCCAAGGAGAUGUUGGCCAGCGACUUCGAUAGCCACAGUGUGGCCUCCAACCAGGCCUCCAUCACCAGUGUCAAUUCCCUGGCCAGUUUACUGCGCGAAAAGAUGCAGGCCUUUCCACAACUGAUAAGAAAGAAAAAACGGGAGACCAAGGACUACAAAAUCAAGAUAUUCGUCAUCAUCAUGUUUUUCAUGAUCAUAUUUCUGAUCGGCUAUGCGUAUGUGGCCUACCACCAGCAGAUGCUCACGAAGAGCUACUUCCAGAAGAUCAAGUUCAACUCGCACGACCGUAUCUUCCGGAUCCUGAGUCACGAGGACAAGGAGGUGAUAUCGGGCCAGUUGGGCGUGACCCUGGGCUUCGACACGGCUCCGUUCCACUGCCUGGAGGAGAAUCGGCGGAGUGAUGGCAGCGUGUGCAUCGAGUGGAACGGAGUGGCCCGCCUGCAUCUGAACUUCGAGGACAAGGGGGUCUUCCGAUGCUACACGCUGCAGUGGCAGGCCUUGACCCAGGGUCUGUUGCCCACCGAUUGCUAUGAACUGAAGCGGGACAAUGGGUUGUGGUUCGGCGGCGGGGUCACCAAGGGUCAGGAGUGGUCGCUGAGCUAUGCCAACUUUGAUUUUGCCCCCUAUGCCUCGGGUGACAGUAAGAUCCAUCAGUUUGGCAAUGGGGUGAAGAGGUACUUCAUCAACUCCAUAGGGGUGGCCAUGCAGGUGAGCGAGAGGACUCCGCUGCAAUUGGGCGUCAACCGGACGGAGAAUAGAUUCUGCCUGCGGGCGGCCAACGAUGAGUUCACCUUUGUGAAUCAUUUGACCCCACUGCCCCAGUUGGACUACCGCAUUUGCACCACCGAGGAUAUGCGAAGUCUCCACAUGCUGAUGACGCAGCAGAGCCUGUGGGAUGGCCUCAAGAAGCUGGACAUGGAAGUGUUGAAUUCCCUUCUCGAGGAACCCGUUUGGCGCAUACCGCAUGCCGAAACCCCCGACUCGCUCAACGAAACCGCCAUUUGUGAUUAUUCGGAAAGUGCCAUUGCCAUGGGUUUGGGUCACAUAGUGAUCAAUGAGUUCUGGCAGGAGAAUAUUGGGGACUUUACGGUGGACAAGGCCAGGUUUCCCACUCUCAAGGACACCAUACGUGUGCUCGAUCGCAGGGGCUUCAAGGUGGUCCUAACCAUACAGCCCUUCAUCAGCACGGAUAGUGCUAAUUUCAAGGAUGCAGUGAGGCGAAAGCUACUGAUCUACGAACGCCACUCGGAGCGGAGUAUUCCCGCCCUGACCAGGUACAAGAGUAGCUCCAGUGCCGGCGUGUUGGAUAUCACCAAUAAUGCCUCGGUGCCCUGGCUGCUGGAGAAGUUGCAGCGCUUGAAGGAGGAGUAUGGAGUGCAGAGCUUCUAUCUGGAUUUGGGUACCGGUUAUAAUCUGCCGCAUUACUAUCAAUGCCGCCAGACCCUGGAUAAUCCGGAUACGUAUGCCAGGCUAUUCACCGCCAGCUUGGAGGGAGCCGGUUUGAUGGCCGUUUCCACGGCGAGUGUGGUGCCCAAACCGCCCACUUUCCUCAGCACCCCACCGGCGAAUGCCACCUGGGAGGGAUUGAGGGAGACCCUGGGAGCUGUGCUCAAUUACGGCGUGAUUGGCUAUCCCUUUGUCCUGCCCGGCGUGAUUGGAGGCGACUAUCUGCUGCAGCGACCGCUCUCCAAGAUGGUCUCCUUCUAUUCGAUGGCCCAGCCCCCGUUGCCCGAUCCGGAACUCUUCAUCCGGUGGCUUCAGUUGGCCACCUUUAUGCCGGCCAUGCAGUUCAGCCACCUGCCCUCGGAGUAUCGCAGUGACCUGGUCACCCGGGUGGCUCAGGAGCUGAAGGAGGUGCGCACCAACGAUGUGAUUCCGCUGCUCAAGAAGUACUUGAAGUCGUCGAUGGACGAGGGCUUGCCCCUGGUGCGUCCGCUCUGGAUGAUGGAUCCCCACGAUCCCGCCUGCCUUAUCGUCAGCGAUGAGUUCUCCGUGGGCGAGGAGCUGAUCGUGGCGCCCAUUCUACAUGCCAAGCGUCAGGAGAGAGAGGUUUACCUGCCGCAGGGCGUGUGGAAGGAUGGCAUCGAUGGAUCGCUGAGGAAGGGCAGCCGCUGGAUGCACGGCUACCGGGUGCCCACGGAUAAGAUAGCCUACUUCCGCAAGAUGCCGGAUAACACUCGCUUCUAGGAUAACUCCUUAUCCACCUCAUCCAUUAUCCAUUAUCGUAUAGCUGCCCCAGAACCACAACCCAUGUGAUAUGAACUUCAUAGACAGCCGGCAAUUCCGCAUACAUCUAUUCUGUAUUGAGUAAACUAAAUACUACAUAUAUAUAUAUAUCUAUCGAUAAGCCCGCGAUCGUAAUACAUAAGAUGCCUUAUCGCUAGCGCUUAAGCAUUAUCCUUAGCCUAUGUAAUUUCCGAUUUUUUUUUUGUUUGUUCGUUUGUGCGUAUGAUUAGUUAAGUACAUCUGGGAUGAUCGCUUACUCGCUGAAUAAAUAUGUUCGAUUAUAAAGUACUGUUCAAGUACUGUCAAUAAA